CAUUGCCAAUUCGAUUGUGGAGUUCUGCGGUGCCGGAAUAAAUAAAUGUUCGUUGCUCGCUGGCGCAUACCAAUUAGUUACAAAUAAAAAUAAAUAACAUUCAAGUGCUUGCGAUCGUGUGUAUUGUCUUCGAUCCGAGUCCAGAGGAGCCGACAAUCGUACACAAACGUACAGGAUUCAAAGUGAAUUAGCCAAUUAGGAGGACAGCCCCAACGACAAAGUCUUCCAGCAUGGGCAACAUACACACAACGGGCCCCAAUGAGGCGUUAAUUGUUUCAGGUGGCUGCUGCGGCUCGACGAAGAAGCGAACAAUUGUCGGCGGCUGGGCCUGGGCCUGGUGGCUGGUGACGGACGUGCAGCGGCUCUCGCUGAACGUGAUGACGCUGAAUCCGAUGUGCGAGAACGUGGAGACCGCUCAGGGCGUACCGCUGACGGUGACUGGCGUGGCGCAGUGCAAGAUCAUGAAGUCAUCUUCGUAUAAAAAUAAUGAUUAUGCUAACAACGAGGCCGACGAGCUGCUAGGCACGGCCAGCGAACAAUUCCUGGGCAAGAGCGUCAAGGAGAUCAAGCAGACCAUUCUGCAAACCCUGGAAGGACAUCUGCGCGCCAUAUUAGGAACGCUUACAGUCGAAGAAGUCUACAAAGAUCGCGACCAGUUCGCUGCGCUUGUGCGCGAGGUAGCCGCACCGGAUGUCGGCCGCAUGGGCAUCGAGAUUCUGUCCUUUACCAUCAAGGAUGUCUACGAUGAUGUGCAGUACUUGGCCUCGCUGGGCAAGGCGCAGACGGCGGUGGUGAAGCGUGACGCGGAUGCGGGCGUGGCGGAGGCCAAUCGUGACGCUGGCAUCCGGGAGGCCGAGUGCGAGAAGAGCGCCAUGGAUGUGAAGUACUCGACGGACACGAAGAUCGAGGACAAUACGCGCAUGUACAAGCUGCAGAAGGCCAACUUCGAUCAGGAGAUCAACACGGCCAAGGCCGAGUCGCAGCUGGCCUACGAGCUGCAGGCGGCCAAGAUACGCCAGCGCAUCCGCAACGAGGAGAUCCAGAUCGACGUUGUCGAGCGCCGCAAGCAGAUCGAGAUCGAGUCGCAGGAAGUGCAGCGCAAAGACCGUGAGCUCAUCGGCACCGUCAAGCUGCCCGCCGAGGCCGAGGCCUAUCGCGUGCAGACAAUCGCCCAGGGCAAACAAUGUCAGACCAUUGAGAGCGCCAGAGCCGAGGCGGAGCGCAUCCGGAAGAUCGGCGCGGCGGAAGCUCACGCCAUCGAGCUGGUGGGCAAGGCGGAGGCGGAGCGCAUGCGAAUAAAGGCGAAUGUCUAUAAGCAGUACGGCGAUGCUGCCAUCAUGAACAUUGUGCUCGAGUCACUGCCCAAGAUCGCUGCAGAGGUGGCGGCCCCAUUGGCCAAGACGGAUGAGAUCGUCCUGAUCGGAGGCAACGACAAUCUAACCAACGAUGUGACACGCCUGGUGGCCCAGCUGCCGCCCUCGAUCAAUGCGCUGACCGGGGUGGAUCUCUCCAAGGUGCUGUCCAAGAUACCCGGAGCCAAGGCGUGAAACCUAAUCGAAUGGGAUGUGCAGCAAAUGGCAAUGACAACGUAACCCCAAAAGGAAUUGCAACUGGAAAUGACGGAACGAGAAGGACAAAGAGAAGGAGAAAGAGAGAGAGAGAGAGAGAGAGAGAGAGAGGCAACCAAAAACGAGAACGAUA